AUGGCUAUAGUUGCAGCAGAAAGAAACAACAAUGAAGGGAGUGAGGAUGACGUUGAAAAGAGGUUGGACGAAAGAUUGAGAGGCCUCAAGGCUUGCCUGGUGAUGGCCGAAUACGGAAAUAGUCUAGAAAUAUUUAAACUUUUCUCUCAGUCAGGGGAGUCAAGAUUAGGUUUUGAACUAAUCCGAUCCAGGACUAGAGCAAUUGUAGGGAACCGAGGUUGCAGUUCUCGCGUUACUGUGUCUUAUAUGAGUCAUAUCGGCCGCGACCAAAAUUUCCGAAUCGGGGCCACCUUCGGCUGCACGGAGCCCCAGCAUCCCUCACUGGUUUUCCACUUUGUUCAACGGAGACGCAAAUCAUGGACAUUCGGGACAUUUUAA